AUUUUUUAAGUUCAUGAACAUAAAAAUCCUUACACGUAUUUCCUGUAUAUUGUGCAGGGUGUCCACAACGCCAUUCACGGCCCCGCCCUCCUCGACCUGGCUCAGAUCACUCAUACCAAUGUAGAGCAGGCAUCUAUGUUCUUCACCGCCAUGGCUGCUGGGGGACUACUGGGGACGCUAUGCGUGAGCUGGCUCUUUGAUCGAUUCCCCCGCCACCAGUCCCUCCUUCUCGGCGUCGCCAACGUCGGUGUCGGUAUCACGACGGCGGGAAUACCUUGCAGUGUACAGUACCCCCUCACAAUAGCGCUCUGUUUCGUCAACCAGUUCAUCAGUGGUGGAAUGGAAACAGUUGGCAACACUGACAUGGUCGCCACAUGGGGCAGCGAGAGCAAUAUGCAUCUCCAGUUCAUGCACUUCACACUGGCAGCUGGAGCGACAGUAGCACCUCUCAUUUUGAAACCUUUCCUUGCAAAAUCCCAGCUCCAAACACCAUCUGACCUGACCUCCAAUGGGACCGUAUUCCCUUGUUCGAUUUCAACAGAAGUUGGUGGAUCUCACAGUUCAAUGUUCUUCCCUAACACUUCCCUAAUGUACAACGAUACUACGGUGGUUUUGCCUCUUCAUAACCAGACCAUAUCGUGUCCAGAACCUCCCAGUCUCAUCCGUUACGCGUACCUCAUCAGCGGACUCAUGUCGGUAACAGCUGCAGUUCCUUUUCUUGUGGAAGCUUGUAAGACUGACAAGAAAUCGCGACCUCAACCAGCUCAAGCAGACCAAUUAGCCAGACCAACUCUACCCCCGAGACUCAGAUAUCCAGUGUUUAUAUUCGUAGGAUUGUUUUACCUUUUCACUUGUGCCGCAGGUGGGUCGUAUAUAGCUUAUCUCGCCACCUUCUGUGUAAAGCAGCGUGGGUGGACGAGGUACCUCGCGUCAUUGAUCACAACCGCCUUCUGGGGGAGCCUCUGUCUUUUUAGGCUGAUAGCGGUUGUCCUGUGCAAGUUCCUUUCUCCUUUGACGAUGAUGAACGUGUUCCAGGUGACGAUGCUGCUGUCGAUGCUGAUGGCGUGGGUUUCUGUUCACUUGGACUCGGAUGCUGGUCUCUGGGUAUCUGUUAUUGGAACAGGGGCAUCAAUAUCAACCUUAUUUGCCUCCGGGAUUUCUUACGUCGAUGGUGACGUCAUGCCCGUAACGGGUCGUGUGACGACAGUCGUCAUGAUUGGUUCAAAUAUUGCGGGGAUUGUUAACCCGGUCGUGAUGGGGCACCUGCUACAAGAAGUAUCGAUUAUGUGGUUCCUGUAUGUGCCUAUCAUUGAACAUUGUGCUGCGUUUGCUGCAUUUCUGGGUCUGGUGUUGCAUUCCAAAACGUUAAUCAGAAACUACAUACAGAAGUGUUCCGAGCUGACUCAAGCUGAGGUAGAUCUUGACACUUCUGUAGGGAAGAACACAUACGAAGCAUGAGGACUUUAGUAAGGAAACUGACUCUAUACAUUUGCUUUAGAUACUACCACCUCUGAAAUGAAAAAAGAAAGAAAUUUAAAACAAAACAUGAUUUUAUGAUUGUAAAUCACUAAAAAGCAGAUCUUGUGACGAAAAUCGUCCAUGAGUGUGAACAAUCCUUGAACGCACGCUCGAGGUUUCCUUGAUAAGUUCAGAAUCCCAUACAGCAAGACUUGUCUUGAUACACAUUGCCCUAAAAUAUUGAAGGUAAUUUUAUCCCCACCCGUAAGAGAAUUCAUGGAAAUGAAAAGAGUCCUCCUUUAAGCCAUCACCUCAUGGCUUGAGAUUCCGGCUAGAGGUGUGUUCAUGUUUGGGAAAUACACUGGUAUUUGGUCACAUACCUAUACAAUCCCCUUGCGGUAGGAAACUUACUUACGUUGCAUUGCCAGCAUCUGGAUGCAUAUACUCUUAGCCAAGCGUUGUGUCAAACCUCUCACCCUUUGAAGCUGAUGCACCAUUUACCAAAGUGAAUUCUGCAUGCUGUUUUUAUAAUCAGAGUUUGUGAAGAAAUGGCCAUCAUUCACUUCGCUAGACUGCCAGUUUUACAAUGGCAGUGUUAAAGUCAUGGCGAUCGCUAAAAGUACGAUCAUUACAAUCAUGGUAUACUGCACUUUCUCUCGAUUACCAUACAUCGCACACUCUCUAACGUACACUUCAUGGUGAUCAAAAGAGGGUUGUGUAUGAUGAUCAAGGGAAAGAGUAGUGUAUGAUGAUUAAGAGAGAGAGCAGUGCAUGAUGAUUAAGAAAGUGGAUAGUGUAUGAUGAUCAAGAGAGGGUAGUAUGUGUUGAUCAAGAGAGGGUUGUGUAUGAUGAUCAAGGGAGAGAGUAGUGUGUGAUGAUUAAGAGAGAGAGCAGUGCAUGAUGAUUAAGAAAGUGGGUAGUGUAUGAUGACCAAGAGAGGGUAGUGUGUGUUGUUCAAGAGAGGGCUGUGUAUGAUGAUCAAGCGAGAGUAGUGUAUGAUGAUCAAGAGAGGGUAGUAUGUGUUGAUCAAGAGAGGGCUGUGUAUGAUGAUCAAGAGAGAGUAGUGUAUGAUGAUCAAGAGGAAGAGGGAGAGCAGUGCAUGAUGAUUAAGAAAGUUGGUAGUGUGUGAUGAUCAAGAGAGGGUAGUGUGCGUUGAUCAAGAGAGGGCUGUGUAUGAUGAUCCAGAGAGAGUAAUGUAUGAUGAUCAAGAGAGGGUAGGGUGCGUUGAUCAAGAGAGGGCUGUGUAUGAUGAUCCAGAGAGAGUAAUGUAUGAUGAUCAAGAAAGGGUAGUGUGUGUUGAUCAAGAGAGGGCUGUGUAUGAUGAUCCAGAGAGAGUAGUGCAUGAUGAUCAAGAGAGGGUAGUGUGUGUUGAUCAAGAGAGGGCUGUGUAUGAUGAUCAAGAGAGAGUAGUGUAUGAUGAUCAAGAGGAAGAGGGAGAGCAGUGCAUGAUGAUUAAGAAAGUGGGUCGUGUAUAUGAUCAAGAGAGAGAGCAGUGUAUGGUGAUGAUCACGAAAGGUUCCUGUCAACGUUGGUGUCAAGAAUGACUAAGGUUUCAACUGAUUACAGCUUUAUCAGCAUAUUCUGGAAGAACACAAGACGCAGCACUUGGACUUUUACAAGGACCUUGAAACUUGUGCGGCGAAAACUACAUCUUUACGAGUUAUGUUUGAUUUUUUUUUCAGGUUGUUAAUAUAUACACGACUAAAUGAACAUAUGCAAACACUACAGAAUAUCACUGACGUCUGUUUGUGUUUGAUUCUUUGUGUCUCCGUCAUACAAACCGAUCUUUUUACAUGGGAGUAUGUCGUAAUUUGACUCAUUUGUACGGAGAUGUUUCUAGGACCAUGCGUACACACGACCUGUCGAUAACACUAACUACACAAGGGAAAGCGAUACCGAAGUGUACACACAUUCCAUAAUAGGGCCCGUAGACUUUGUUUGUUCUCAUAUCAGAUACACCUCAGUUUGAGUUAAAUAUAGCGUUUGUGGUUGUGUUGCAGAACAUAAUCUUGAUCAAACAUAGUUUUAGACUGUGAUAAGUAGUUGUAUAAACCAUUCUUCAUCAGAUCAGUUACCAACGAGUUGACCAUAAUGUUAACGAAUGUCCAUCGUUGAAGCUCAUGUGGAUAAUGCAAUGAAAUAGCCAUUUACUGCAGGCCAUUCGUAGCGUCUGUGUCGCCUAAUGUUUUAUGAUUGAAUAAACACACUAGAGUUUG